AUGGGCUAUGUCGAGCAGCAGCGGCGGCAAUGGACUGUCUCUUCCAGUGACAUCGCUUGCGAGUGGACAAAUGGCUACAAAAGACAAACUGGAUCGAGGCUUUCGUCUAUCAGGGGCUCGCACGGACAAGGCAAGUUUGCUCUUCGUGGCGGACACUUGGAAAUGUACGAAAGCUGGGACGAGUGUGCUAUUCGAGAAGUCCCACCAUGA